AUGGGUAGAAUGGGACGGCUUGUGGCGAAUGUCUCUGGAGUAGGUGCUUACGUGAAGCCGAUAACGCCUGUCUACGGUUCCGACACUUCAUUUGCCAUCGCCGUCCUCAACAGAAACAACCGAGCAAAUGAUGUCGAGUUCAAGUUAAGAAAUCUUGGUCUCACAAAUGAUCGCGGCUACAUUCCUCAAAGAUCUCUGGAGCAAUGCGCCGAUGGUGAAAGCGAAUCCGGACGACACGGUACGAUUCCGAGUGCCGGCCACUGGGGCAGCGAUGUAUCGGGCCGAGCUGACAAAACCAAAUCGCUGGUUCGAGAACAAUCGAUUACGCGAAAUUCUCACUAA